AUGCAUCUUACUUACCAAUCAACUAACCAAGCCGAAGGACUCAACAAAAUGUUGCGGGCCGGCAACAAUAUAAGGAGGCCCUCCAACAAUGUGGAAAAGGACAACAUAAAGAUGGCUCAAAAGCCAGGAAAUGGGCCACUCAAACCGAUCAACGCCAAAGGAGGCAAGCAAGUCACCAAACCAACCGCCAACAUUCAACAUGGUGCCGGUGAAGGAUCUUUGCAAAUCAAGACGAAGCGAAUCAACAUUCAGGACAAUGAGACGAAGUUGCUUGAGUUGGCUCCGGAUAUAUACAAGUAUCUCGUCCACCACGAGAAAAAGUUUAUUCUCAAGGAGGGAUUUAUGGAUGGUGGUGAGCCAACAAGCAAGAUGCGUCGUAUUCUCGUCGACUGGCUCGUACAAGUUCACAUUCGUUUCCAUCUUCUCCCCGAGACUCUUCACCUCACUAUUUUCAUCUUGGAUCGCAUGCUCGAGACCAAGACCAUCUCCAAGUCUGACCUCCAGCUUCUCGGAAUCUCGGCAAUGUUCGUCGCCUCCAAGUUCGAGGAAGUUUAUCUCCCGGAUAUCUACGACUACGAGUUCAUCACCGAGAACGCCUUCACCAAGAAGCAGAUUCUGUCCAUGGAGCAAGUCAUUCUCAACUCCCUUCACUUCGAUCUCUCAUGCCCAUCGUCCCUUGUUUUCGCUCGCUGUCUCUCGCGAGUCCUUUCGGAGGAUGAGACCAAUCCAGUUGACCAGACCGCCUUCUUUUAUGCUUACAACAUCAGCAAGUGCAUCGGAGAGCUCGCCCUUCUCGACGCGGUCAUGUCAUCUGUCCCAAAGUCGCACAUCGCCAUCGCCGCCAUGAUCAUUGCUCUCAACGUCUUCCCAGUUGAGGGAAUUGACCCAAAGAAGGCAGAAGAAGCUGUAAUUGCUCAACUCGAGGCUAACAAGGCAGAGGUCACUGAAGCCAUUUCUCUUCUCGCCCAGGUCGCGUACAAGAACUUCAAGCAGCCGAAGCUUGUUGCCAUCAAGAACAAGUACCAAUCGACCAAGCUCGGAAGCGCUUCGACCCACAUGACGGACGCAGUCUUGGAUAAGAUUGAGGCACUGGGAAGACAAUCGGACAUGGAAUGA